UCUUCCGGAAGGUGAAUGCGGACUGGUGGACGAGAGAAAGGCAAGACGGCUGUGCUGAACACAGAAUUGGGACAUGAAGGUGGUAGCUCAGUAAACGGGGAAGGAGGAGGAGGAGGUGGAGAGGGCGCCGCUGACCAUGUCCCUAUACAGGAACACCGUGUGGUUUCUCAAGGGCAUGCGUGAGUACACCAAGAGUGGAUAUGAAGCUGCCGCACAACAAUUUGACCCAAAGGACCUCGAUGUUGAUGUGUCCAGAAGGUGCUUCCUGAUCACUGGAGCUAACAGCGGGAUUGGUAAGGUCACAGCACUGGAAAUUGCAAAACGGGGUGGAGUCGUUCACCUUGUUUGUCGAAACAAAGAGCGAGCUGAACAGGCCAAAGCUGAGAUUGUGAAGGAGACGGGAAAUGAGGAGAUUUUUGUCCAUGUUCUUGAUAUGUCACAGCCCAAAAUGAUCUGGGAGUUUGCAGAUGAAUUCCAACAAUCAAAUGACAAACUGAACGUGUUGAUCAAUAAUGCGGGGUGUAUGGUCAAUCAGAGAGAGCUGACUGCUGAUCAAUUAGAAACAAACUUUGCCACCAAUACGCUGGGUCCGUACAUUCUCGUUACAGCCUUGAUACCUCUGCUAGAAAAAUGUGAAGACGCCAGAGUGAUCACCGUGUCGUCAGGGGGAAUGCUGGUCCAGAAGCUGAACGUGGAUGACUUGCAGUUUGAGAAAGGGAGGUUUGAUGGGACCAUGGCCUACGCACAGAAUAAGCGGCAACAAGUGGUUAUGACGGAGCAAUGGGCUAAAAUGCAUAAGAACAUCCACUUCUCCUCUCUGCAUCCAGGCUGGGUUGAUACAGAAGCUGUGAGAUUUUCCAUGCCGGAUUUCUAUGCAAAGAUGAAGGACAGGCUGAGGACUCCGUUUCAAGGGGCAGAUACAUCGGUUUGGCUUGCUGUUUCCAACAUGGCAGCACAGCAACCCAGUGGCCUCUAUUUCCAAGACAGGAAGCCUGUGUCAACACAUCUCUUGCUGGCUCAAACAAAAGCAACAACCGCUGAGGAAGAGAAACUGAUGAAAAGCUUGGAGGAAAUAGCAACAAACCAUAAACCUGGCAACAGUUGAUGUUGUCAGCACAAAGGCAAAUGCAACCCUUUGAAAAGUCACAGAGGACGUUUUGCUAUUAAUUGGGCAACCCCUCCAUAAUGAGGGCACACAACCCAGAUUGGGUGACCACUUGGUCAAAAUCUGUCCAUCUCCAGCUACUUUCCCACCUUCUUGUCUUUUAACUUGUAACCAUAGGUCAUGCAGUCAGGACCCAUACUUCACUCUUGCAGCAUUUUCAGCUGAGUGCUGGUGAUUAUUUUUGUCCUUUAGCUAUUUGCCUCCGUUUUCCUUUCCGCUUCUCCCUCUGCUUCCUUUCGAUUUCCGUCGCUAAGACUUAUCAUAGAAAUAAAGUCUCCCCUUUGACAUUGAUAUGUUCUAACAUCAUUAACAGUUAGAAAAAAAUCCAUUUAAUGUGCCCAGUUUCACUUGCAUUGUUUGCCACAGAUGUCCUCUUCUGUUUACUGUGUUCUUUCUUUGCUCUAGCCAUCAGUCUCCAACAUUGCUCCCUUGCCUCUGUCCCAGGCAUUCUCUCUCCCUGGGGCCUCACCCCCUGCUCUCUGGUCUUUCUCUUUUUGGGGUGUGGUAUUUCUGGCAAUGCCAGCACUUGUCACCCAUCCCAAAUUGCCCUUGAAUUGAGUAGCUUGCUCAGCCAUUUGCAAAGAAUAGUUGAGAGUAAUCGGCAUGGUGGCACAGUGGUUAGCACUGCUGCCUCACAGCGCCUGUAGACCUGGGUUCAAUUCCCGACUCAGGCGACUGACUGUGUGGAGUUUGCACGUUCUCCCCGUGUCUGCGUGGGUUUCCUCCGGGUGCUCCGGUUUCCUCCCACAGUCCAAAGAUGUGCGGGUCAGGUGAAUUGGCCAAGCUAAAUUGCCCGUAGUGUUAGGUAAGGGGUAAAUGUAGGGGUAUGGGUGGGUUGCACUUCGGCGGGUCGUUGUGGACUUGUUGGGCCGAAGGGCCUGUUUCCACACUGUAAGUCUAAUCUAAUCCACAUUGCUGCCGGUCUGGAGUCACACGUGGACGAGGACAGUAGAUAUCCUUCCCUAAAGGACAUUACUAAACUGGAUGGGUUUUAAUGACAAUAGUUUCAUGGAUAUCGUUGAAGAGAUUGGCUUUUAUAUUCCAGAUUUAUGAACCUGUGGUGGUAUUUGAAACUGUGUCUCCAGAGAUUGAAUUUGGGGCUCUGGAUUUACUAAUCAAGUGAUAUUAGUAUUCCGGUAUCACCGUUCCCCUCUUUGUCUUUCCUUAGGCUCUGGUGUUCUUCUCUUGGUUGCUAACUCCGUUCUCACUGAGGUCGAGGGCUCUAUAUGAUAGUAGAGGCCUAUCAUUGCUGGUAGUUCCAGGAUUUUAGUGAAUACUAGCACUAACCAACCUCUGCUACUGAAGGCAUCUAAGUCAAUGUAAAAGUAAAGUACAGUACUGCAUGGCAAGUACUUUAGGCAGUGCAUACUGACACCAUAACUGCACCUGCCCAUGAAUCUGGAAACCAGCAAUAUCAUGGGUGUGAGUAUGCGUGUGGUCAUGUGAGAGGUGGGGGCUAAGGUGUCAGGACCCCUCCCAUUCCCUGUUCACAGCUGCAUCCUAUUUUGACUUGAACCUGUUUAAACAUGCGUGACUGAAUUUAAGCAGUGCAUGACACCCAUGUGUUGCUAUUAGCAGUCUACUUAAUUGUUUAUGUAUUCCAUUUCUAUUUGAGUGAAUUUCAUUUUGCAAGUAAUUUCAGCUAAGAAUGCACAAUGCCACACGUGUGUGGAAAAUGGUAAUUUUCCAUACUGCAACCACAACUUUUAAUUGUGCUUUUAGUGACUUAAGUUGUUUUUAUUCUUUUCUAAUGGCUUUACAUUGCCCAUGAGCUUCCCCCCCCCCCCCCAUUUUCAUUCAGCACUUCCAUCCAGGUUUUUGAACUGGCUUUUAAAAACCACUAUCUGUAGCUUUCUAUAGCUGUACAUUAGUACUCUUGUUUUGUGAGGGGGCACUUGUGGUGCAGUGGUAAUGUCCCUACCUCUGGACUAAGAGAUCUAGAUUAAAGUCUCACCUCUUCCAUAAGCGUAUCAGAGCUUCUCUGAGCAGGUUGUUUUAAAAUAUCUACAUUCAGAGUUGUAACAGUGACUUCUGGUACAGAAUCACUGACUAAAAUCUUGAUUUAUAUUGUCUCCAUCUGCAGACCUAUCUAUUGCAUACUUCCUGAUUUUCUGCAUUGCAGUUCACAUUUAUUCAAGCACUCUGCAUGAUUUUUCUAGAUCAGCUAGUCAAUAUUUUAAAAGGCACCUAGAUAUUCAUUAUCCUGCUAUUGUCUAUAUAAAACCCUUAAUGUUUUGAGUGAUUUCAUCAUGGCAAUAUAACUAAAUAUUUGACAUUUAUUUCAAGAGCACUAUUCCCACAACAUGAUUAAAAGGACAUUCAAGAGAUGUGUGCCUUUUUUAUACAUAUGCAAGGGCAGUCUUUCCGUAUAGUUUUUGAAAAUUUAUUACAUUUGUAAAUACCUUUAACAACUACCUUGGAAAAUAAUUAAUAGUAAAAUUGACUACCUUUUCUGUUAAAAGUGUGCAAAACCCCACUAUAUCAGAAGUUCAUGGAUUCAGUUAUCCGCCAGGCAAAGCUAUUCCGUCAGCCCAAAUGAACAAAUAACUGGCCCUGGGUUUAUGGUUGGGUUAAUUAGUUAUCUGCAGGAAGCCAGUGCUAGGUAGUGCUGAUGCAGGUGUUGGGUUAGCAGGACCCAUAUUUUGGAAACAGAAGUUUGGACAGGAGAGGAAGAGGUCAGAUGGCCUGUGCAGCCAUUGGAAUAUUUGAGUCACACUCAUUGUGAAAGAAAGAGUUCCAGAUGUUGAGGGACAAAUUGAAAGUUAGAAGAGGACCAUGUUUCCACUUCCGCAACAACGACAGAGACAGUGUGCAUGGGUUAUGAAGGUUACUAACAUUGUAAGGACUCUGUUAAAGUGCAGUAAGUGAGAAUAAUGGAAUCAAAGGAGUCACGUUAGUGGUGGUAGCUGAAUGUGACAGUUCCGACCUUACUCCAGUUAUGGAGGGAGAAGUCACUACUUAUGCAAGGUAGAAGACUGGGAUGAAACACAAUACUGAUAGGGAAAAUGAAGGAGACAGAAAUGUGGAAUCUGCAGGUGAAGUUGUCAGCAUGUCAAUCUGUAACAGGCUAAAAUUUCUCCUUGAAACUAUGGAUAUGAGUAUGUAGGGAAAGAGAAAGAAGUUACAACUGAAAACCAUGCAAUUCCUAUAAAAUUGACCAACUGAAGCAAGACAUCAGAAGUGUGUAAAUUACUGUAGCCAUAUCAAGGUGCACAACCAAAGUAUGUCAAAGUACAGUGCUCAAGGUUAUGAUCAUUCUAACAAAUCUCAAACACUUUUAUUUUGAUUGACAAUACAUUGAUACAGUAACAAUUUAGAUACAUUAAUGACAUUAAAAUUCUGAACUAAGUUGAUAUGUAUUAAUGUGGAGGUGCAAUAAAACCUGGGUGACACUGA